AUGAAGAAGGUCAGUGGCCGGCUGAGCACACCUUGGCCAAGGAAUGAGAGCGAGCUCUCAUCAGACACUUCCGGUGCGAGCCGUGAUAGCCCGGACCCAAAACUUUUUGGUGGCGUUUUGAGCGACCAAAGCUACGUGGGGGCCGCCAAUCGACUCUGGAACGACUCAGAGCCUGCGGAUGGGAGUUUGAGAUUGCUUGAUAGCACCUCCUCGCCCGUCGAGCCGGCGCCCAACACUUCAAAGCCUUCUGAAGCUGUUUUUAGGAAAGGCGAUCCCACCCAUAUACGACGCAGCCUUGUCGCUGCGAAGAAAGCGACACAGAUCCUCGACGCCAGGUUUCUCAAGGACCUGAAGUCGGCAGCAAAAUCCGAGCUUGGACUUCAUGAAGCCAGACGCUUGAGAAAAGGGUUGAUUCAUAUUCUGAGUGAAUGGAGUCACCUGGCCGCAAGCUCAAAAUUGACAUUGAAUAUUUUGAUGGCGCAUGUUACUACCCUAGAAAUUUUUCGCGUCUGCCAAGCUGAAGACACUCUUCCGGAACUCCGCAAGAGGGUCGAUUAUUUGUUGGAGCACAUCGAGUCAGACUGCCUAAACGGAACCCGGCUCGCUGAUUUGCUGCACUUGGCUAGCAGAAGCCUGCGAAAUGAAGCUCGACGUGAUAAAUCGAAGGAGCUGUAUCAACGGGCGAUCAAG